AUGGCACAGCCGGUGUUCCUCCUGUUCGGAGACAGGGCACCCACACGAUAUGUCGCGGAGAAGCGUAAGGGUUUCGUUAAGAGACUAUUUGAAUGGUCGACGUGGCAGUCGACUGGCUACGACCGGUGGGAGUGGAUGGAGGGUUGGACCCGGGCAAUCUGCUUGCUGGAGAGCAGCGGCCGUGAGGCAGACAGGUGCAAGGCACUUAAGAUCCUAGAGGAUCUCGGUAUUCUGGAGACGUACAUCGCGGAGGGAUUUCACAAUGUUGUUUCGUACCUGGCCCGGGACGGGCAUGGCUGCAAGCAGCUGGCUUGGGCGGAGCUUAGGUUGCGGAGCAUGGUAGACGAGAGGCUACCUGAUGUGAUUGAACUGGAGUGA